AUGGAGGAGACAACACAGAAAUUCAUUAGUACAAUUGAUUCCUUAAAUCCCCGAAUAGAUGUCUCCUUUGAAAUCAUCAAAAACGACUUGAAGAUGUACCUCUUGAAACUUCAACACACCGAUUUGAAUGAAGCUGACAUUCCUUCCGAACGAUUACAAAAGCUUGAGAAUCGGCGAACGGAGUUAACACGGAAGGUCGAAUCGCUGCAACGGAACAUCGAGAACGUCUCGAUAGCCGUCAAAGCGAUCUCGACAUUCAUCGGAAACUCGACGGAGGAGAUUCGUCUUGACGUCGAACUUCGGAAGAAUAGUGAGCGGAAAGAGGAGUUGGGAGUGAUCUAUGACAAAGAUGUAGUAGGUGAUUUAAUCGAAAUUGGGUUUGAUGGGAUUAAAGAGGCGCCGUUAAUGAUGAAUGAGAGUGAGACGAUUUUGAUCCAAAAGUGGACGAAUUUACUUGUCGAGAAGGUCAUCUUUGAUUCGUACCCAUCGACGGACAAAAAGAACAAUUUUCUGAAGGCGGAUAUUGUCGGGAAGAGCAAUUUGUUAUUUGUGAUAGAGAGUGUUGAUGGCGAGAAAUACGGGGGAUAUGUUAAAGAGUCGAUACAUGAACAGGGAGUUUAUGUCAAAGAUGAGAACGCUUUUGUGUUCACUUUCAAUACGAAAGGAAGACUUGAGUCCCCUUUGAUGUUUAAAAUGAAGAAAGAAUGCGCAGAUAAAGCUUUUGUAUUCUGUAAACAGAAACAACGAUCGCUGUGUGUGUUUGGGGAGAAAGAUAUUUGUAUAGGAAAGAGGAAGAGAGGGUCGUAUUAUUGUGUACAAAAGUGUUUUGAGUAUAAUGGAAUUGAAAAUGCAUUGACCGGUGUCGGGGGGAAUAUCCCAUUGAAAAUUAAAAGAUACGUCUUGUAUCAAAUGUGCCAAAAUUCUAUUGGGGGAAAUAAUACACUGACAGCUCAAACAUUAAUACAAGACACUCACUUAAAUCAUGACGAAGAAAAGAACCCACUUCAUGUCGAGGUUCCAACAGAAGUAUUACAUAUCCAACAAGAUAAGAAUUAA